CGUGAUGAUGAACUGUCCUGGUUUCGCAGUGCUCAGUUGCUUGCCGCGCUGAAUAGCUUUAUCCUCAACAGUAUCCCUGUCGUUGUCACUGUGGUUUCAUUUGGUGUGUACUCUCUGUUGGGGGGUGACUUGACAGCAGCAAAGGCGUUCACCUCUCUUUCACUAUUUGCUGUUCUAAGGUUCCCACUUUUUAUGCUACCAAAUCUGAUAACUCAGGUUGUGAACUGUAAGGUUUCACUGAAACGGCUGGAAGAUCUCCUCUUGGCUGAUGAGAGAUUACUUCUGCCAAAUCCACCUAUUGAUCCUGAGCUUCCAGCAAUUUCUAUCAAGAAUGGAAAUUUUUCGUGGGAAUUGCAGGCUGAGAGACCAACAUUAUCAAAUGUCAAUCUGGAUGUGCCUGUUGGCAGUUUAGUUGCAAUAGUAGGAAGUACCGGGGAGGGGAAAACUUCACUUAUUUCUGCAAUGCUUGGGGAGAUAGCACCAGUAUCAGGAUCAGAUGCCUCGGUGGUCAUUCGUGGAUCGGUGGCUUAUGUUCCUCAAGUUUCAUGGAUCUUCAAUGCUACCGUCCGGGACAACAUAUUGUUUGGGGCUCCAUUCCAACCCCCACGUUACGAGAGAGCAAUAGAUGUCACUUCUUUACGACAUGACCUUGACCUGCUCCCAGGUGGUGAUCUCACAGAAAUUGGAGAAAGGGGAGUUAAUAUUAGUGGUGGGCAAAAGCAAAGAGUUUCAAUGGCAAGAGCUGUUUAUUCUGAUUCAGAUGUGUACAUAUUUGAUGAUCCACUGAGUGCAUUAGAUGCCCAUGUUGGUCGACAGGUAUUUGAUAAAUGUAUCAAAGAGGAACUACGACACAAAACUCGGGUCCUCGUUACCAAUCAGCUGCAUUUCCUGCCAUACGUGGAUAAAAUACUGCUAAUCCACGAUGGGGUAAUUAAAGAGGAAGGCACCUUUGAUGAACUUAGUAACACUGGGGAAUUCUUCAAGAAGCUGAUGGAAAAUGCUGGAAAGAUGGAGGAACAAACAGAAGAGAAACAAGAUGAAAGCAAACCAGUGGAUGACACAAAACAAACGCUAAAUGGGGACAUUGUAAUUGCUGAUGGUGGUCCGCAGAAGAGCCAGGACAGUUCCAGUAAAACCAAACAGGGGAAAUCUGUUCUUAUUAAGCAAGAGGAGCGUGAAACUGGAGUUGUCAGCACAAAGGUUCUUUCACGCUACAAAAAUGCAAUGGGAGGGAUUUGGGCCGUGGCCGCUCUUUUGUGCUAUACAUUGACUGAAACUCUGCGCAUUUCAAGUAGCACAUGGUUGAGCAUUUGGACUGAGCAGGGUCCUUUGAAAAUUCAUGGCCCUGGAUACUACAAUUUAAUUUAUGGCAUUCUUUCUUUUGGGCAGGUUCUAAUCACUCUUACGAAUUCUUACUGGCUAAUCAUGUCAAGUCUUCGAGCAGCGAAGAGAUUGCAUGACUCCAUGCUCCGGUCUAUAUUAAGAGCUCCCAUGGUAUUUUUCCAUACCAAUCCACUUGGACGUAUCAUCAACAGAUUUUCAAAGGAUUUGGGUGACAUAGACCGGAAUCUUGCUGUCUUUGUCAACAUGUUUAUGGCACAAAUAUCUCAGUUGCUCUCAACAUUUGUUCUCAUCGGUGUUGUCAGCACCAUGUCCCUUUGGGCUAUCAUGCCACUUCUGAUUUUAUUUUAUGCAGCCUACCUCUAUUACCAGGCGACAUCUCGUGAGGUAAAGCGUAUGGAUUCCAUUACUAGGUCUCCUGUGUAUGCUCAGUUUUCAGAGGCACUGAAUGGUCUGUCCACAAUCCGUGCCUAUAAAGCUUAUGAUAGAAUGUCAAACAUCAAUGGGAAAUCAAUGGACAACAACAUCAGGUUCACACUUGUGAACAUGAGUUCAAAUAGAUGGUUAGCCAUUCGGCUGGAAACAUUGGGAGGUAUCAUGAUAUGGUUCACAGCAACAUUUGCUGUCAUGCAAAACCAACGAGCAGAGAAUCAGAAGGCCUUUGCUUCCACAAUGGGUCUUCUUCUUACGUAUACUCUCAAUAUAACCAAUUUGCUCACAGCUGUUCUUCGUCUUGCUAGUCUAGCUGAAAAUAGUAUGAAUGCUGUUGAACGUGUGGGAACAUACAUUGAGUUACCUUCUGAGGCUCCUCCUGUCAUUGAGGAUAACAGGCCACCUCCUGGUUGGCCAUCCUCUGGUAUCAUCAAGUUUGAAGAUGUUGUGCUUCGGUACCGACCAGAACUUCCUCCUGUUCUUCAUGGAAUAUCAUUCAUUAUUAAUGGAAGUGAGAAGGUAGGAAUCGUUGGCAGAACAGGUGCUGGUAAAUCUAGCAUGCUUAAUGCAUUGUUUCGUAUUGUGGAACUGGAACGAGGGAGAAUAUUGGUUGAUGGCUGUGACACUUCUAAGUUUGGAAUUUGGGACCUGCGGAAAGUUUUAGGAAUAAUACCACAGGCACCAGUCCUGUUUUCAGGUUCUAUUCGCUUUAAUCUGGAUCCGUUUGGUGAGCAUAACGAUGCUGAUCUAUGGGAGGCUCUUGAAAGGGCUCAUCUAAAGGAUGUCAUAAGGAGGAAUGCUCUAGGACUAGAUGCUGAGGUUUCUGAGGCUGGUGAAAACUUUAGCGUUGGGCAGCGACAGCUGCUGAGUUUAGCUCGUGCAUUGCUACGAAGGGCGAAGAUACUUGUUCUGGAUGAGGCAACAGCAGCAGUUGAUGUUCGAACUGAUGCUCUUAUACAGAAGACAAUCAGAGAAGAAUUCAAGAGUUGCACAAUGUUAAUAAUUGCUCAUCGCUUGAACACCGUGAUUGACUGUGACAGGUUGCUUAUUCUGAGUUCUGGGCAGAUUCAGGAAUUUGACACUCCUGAGCAUCUUCUGAGCAAUGAUGAAGGUGCUUUCUCCAAGAUGGUUCAGAGUACAGGGCCUAGCAACGCGGAAUAUCUCAAGAGUCUCGUACUUGGGGAUGGUGAGGAGAGGAUGCGGAGGGAAGAAAGCAAGUUGCAGGAUAUUCAGAGGAAAUGGGUCGCAUCUAACCGAUGGGCUGUUGCUGCGCAGUUUGCGCUUGCUGCUAGCCUUGCGUCAUCACACAGUGACCUUCUCUCACUGGAGGCCGCUGAGGGAAACAACAUCCUGAGGAAAACGAAGGAGGCAGUAAUCACCCUGCAGAGCGUCCUUGAAGGGAAGCACAACACUGAAAUCGAGGAAUCACUCACUCAGUUUGAGGUUCCACCUGAUAGGUGGUGGUCGUCACUUUACAAAGUCAUCGAAGGCCUUUCCACGAUGAGCAAACUGGGUCGCAACCGUCUACGGCAACCUGGGUAUAGUUUUGAAACCCACGGCGCUAUUGACUGGGAUCAGAUUUAGAUGUAGAACACCGCAGUGCAGCACGGCUGAAUCCCUGGGACCGCAUCGGCGAGUAGGCUGGAGAUGCAGUUAAACACGGCCUGUUUAAUUAAUAGUCUUUGUACAUUGUGGCACUGAGUGUGGGAGUCAGAAAUCGAUCAGUAGAAGAUCCGUCCUCACGCCUAUCUGAAGGCGAAUAACAAAGGGGAUUUAGCAGCCGGACGGCAAUUCCUGUACUGAUGUUUACAAGGUUUUUCGAUUUCUUGCGCACAAUCUCGACAGUCUGAAAUUUUGAUAAUUUUGUGGCAAUGGAAGUGUAUGUGGAUUCAUAUAUUCUGCUGAUCAUAUUAUUUUUGUAAGACGACAGAGUUUGUCUUUGUUCA